GUAACAGGAAGCUCUGAUGUUUCCCUUCUGCUGCUGAUCACUUACAAUCUGACAACACUUACAAUCUACUCAGAACAACCUCUCUCUCUCCAGCAGAGAGUGUCACCUCCUGCUUUAGGACCAUCAAGCUCCGCUAACUGAAUCUCAUUCUGAUAGCAGGAUCACAUUGCAAAGCUUUCACUCUUUCCCACCUUGCUUGUGGGUAAAUCUCUUCUGCGGAAUCUCAGAAAGUAAAGUUCCAUCCUAAGAAUAUUUCACAAAGAAUUUCCUUAAGAGCUGGACUGGGGUCCUACGAUGAUACACCAACCACUUGUGCUACCACCUGUCAAAACUUUGGAUGGCCCUACUUUCAGGUCUUGACCCCUGAAUUUAAGAAAUUCUUAAAGACAAUGUCAAAUAUGAUCCAAGAGAAAAUGUGAUUUGAGUCUGGAGACAAUUGUGCAUAUCGUCUAAUAAUAAAAACCCAUACUAGCCGAUAGAAGAGAAAACAAUAUUCGAAAGAUUGCUACCACUAAAAAGAAAACUACCACAACUUGACAAGACUGCUACAAACUUCAAUUUGUCAACUACAACUUGACAAGGUUGCUAUAAAACAAGAUUGCUACAACUUCUAGUUUAUGUUAUACAGCAUAUUUCAUUUUGGCUUAAUGAUGGAGAAAAAGUGUACCCUGUAUUUUCUGGUUCUCUUGCCUUUUUUUAUGAUUCUUGUUACAGCAGAAUUAGAAGAGAGUACUGAGGACUCAAUUCAGUUGGGAGUUACUAGAAAUAAAAUCAUGACAGCUCAGUAUGAAUGUUACCAAAAGAUUAUGCAAGACCCCAUUCAACAAGCAGAAGGCGUUUACUGCAACAGAACCUGGGAUGGAUGGCUCUGCUGGAACGAUGUUGCAGCAGGAACUGAAUCAAUGCAGCUCUGCCCUGAUUACUUUCAGGACUUUGAUCCAUCAGAAAAAGUUACAAAGAUCUGUGACCAAGAUGGAAACUGGUUUAGACAUCCAGCAAGCAACAGAACAUGGACAAAUUAUACCCAGUGUAAUGUUAACACCCACGAGAAAGUGAAGACUGCACUAAAUUUGUUUUACCUGACCAUAAUUGGACACGGAUUAUCUAUUGCAUCACUGCUUAUCUCGCUUGGCAUAUUCUUUUAUUUCAAGAGCCUAAGUUGCCAAAGGAUUACCUUACACAAAAAUCUGUUCUUCUCAUUUGUUUGUAACUCUGUUGUAACAAUUGUUCACCUCACUGCAGUGGCCAACAACCAGGCCUUAGUAGCCACAAAUCCUGUUAGUUGCAAAGUGUCCCAGUUCAUUCAUCUUUACCUGAUGGGCUGUAAUUACUUUUGGAUGCUCUGUGAAGGCAUUUACCUACACACACUCAUCGUGGUGGCCGUGUUUGCAGAGAAGCAACAUUUAAUGUGGUAUUAUUUUCUUGGCUGGGGAUUUCCACUGAUUCCUGCUUGUAUACAUGCCAUUGCUAGAAGCUUAUAUUACAAUGACAAUUGCUGGAUCAGUUCUGAUACCCAUCUCCUCUACAUUAUCCAUGGCCCAAUUUGUGCUGCUUUACUGGUGAAUCUUUUUUUCUUGUUAAAUAUUGUACGCGUUCUCAUCACCAAGUUAAAAGUUACACACCAAGCGGAAUCCAAUCUCUACAUGAAAGCUGUGAGAGCUACUCUUAUCUUGGUGCCAUUGCUUGGCAUUGAAUUUGUGCUUAUUCCAUGGCGACCUGAAGGAAAGAUUGCAGAGGAGGUAUAUGACUACAUCAUGCACAUCCUUAUGCACUUCCAGGGUCUUUUGGUCUCUACCAUUUUCUGCUUCUUUAAUGGAGAGGUUCAAGCAAUUCUGAGAAGAAACUGGAAUCAAUACAAAAUCCAAUUUGGAAACAGCUUCUCCAACUCAGAAGCUCUUCGUAGUGCAUCUUACACAGUGUCAACAAUCAGUGAUGGUCCAGGUUAUAGUCAUGACUGUCCUAGUGAACACUUAAAUGGAAAAAGCAUCCAUGAUAUUGAAAAUGUUCUCUUAAAACCAGAAAAUUUAUAUAAUUAAAAUAGAAGGAUGGUUGUCUCACUGUUUUGUGCUACUCCUAACUCAAGGACUUGGACCCAUGACUCUAUAGCCAGAAGACUUCAAUAUUAAAUGACUUUUUGAAUGUCAUAAAGAAAAGCCUCACAUGAAAUUAGUAGUGUGUUGAUAGGAGUGUAACAUCCAGCUCUAUGUGGGAAAAAAGAAAUCCUGGUUUGUAAUGUUUGUCAGUAAAUACUCCCACUAUGCCUGAUGUGAUGCUACUAACGUGACAUCACCAAGUGUGUAAUUGGAGAAAAGCACAGUCAACUUUUCUGAGCUGGUGUAAGCCAGCUCCAGCAUACCAUUGCAUGAAUUCACAAACAAAUGACUGUAAAAGUAAAUAUACAUGUUGGGCAUGAUUCUACCCUUAUUGCCCCAAGAGACCUAGCUAAGGCCUAUAAACAUGAAGAGAAAAUUAGCUUUUAGUUUUAAAACUCUUUAUCCCAUCUUGAUUGGGGCAGUUGACAUUUUUUUGCCCAGAGAGUGCUGUAGUCCUUUUUGUAACUACCCUCUCAAAUGGACAAUACCAGCAGUGAAUUAUCCCUGCUGGCUUUCUUUUCUCUAUGAAAAGCAACUGAGUACAAUUGUUAUGAUCUACUCAUUUGCUGACACAUCAGUUAUAUCUUGUGGCAUAUCCACUGUGGAAACUUGAUGAACAGGAUGUAUAAUAUGCAAUCCUACUUCUAUAUCAUUAGGAAAACAUCUUAGUUGAUGCUACAAAACACCUUGUCAACUUCUUCCUGUCUUACCACACAGUGGGAGGGAAUUUGUACCUGUAAAUAUAAAUUUUGUCCCUUCCAUUUCUACUGUAUAAACAAAUUAGCAAUCAUUUUAUAUAAAGAAAAUCAAUGAAGGAUUUCUUAUUUUCUUGGAAUUUUGUAAAAAGAAAUUGUGAAAAAUGAGCGUGUAAAUACUCCAUUAUUUUAUUUUAUAGUCUCAAAUCAAAUACAUACAACCUACGUAAUUUUUAAAGCAAAUAUAUAAUGCAACAAUGUGUGUAUGUUAAUAUCUGAUACUGUAUCUGGGCUGAUUUUUUAAAUAAAAUAGAGUCUGGAAUUCUAUAUUUGGUAAAUAUUUUAAAGACAACCAGAUGCCAGCAUCAGAAGUCUGUUUGAGAACUAAGAGAACAGAAACAUCUAUCAUAAGAUAUAUUUAUUUUAAAAACACAAGGUCACUAUUUUAUUGAAUAUAUUUGUUUUGAUAACUCAUACCUUAAUAAUAGGUGUGUUUGACAUAUUUCUUUUUUCAUUUUGACAAUGAACUCACAUUCUAAUCCAGAAAUUUUAAACAACUACUGUGAAAGAUACACAGCUUUGGAAAUGUCCCAGGUUAUUCAAGAAAUAUAAAAAACUAGAAGGAUACAAUAUAUACCAUAUACAAUGCUUUAAUAUUUUAAUAGAGCUACUGUAUAUAAUACAAAUCAGGGAAAUACUUGAAUAUAUCACGAGAAAAAAUUAUUGUCAGAUCUUAUUGAAUUAUUGUCACACCUUAUUAAAUAAAGACAGAAGAAAACCUUGCUAAUGAAUUAAAGUGAAAUAUGUAUGGGAUUCAGUUUCUCUAAUGUUAUUUUCUGCUGAAAUCUCUAAAGAAUAAGAACGACUUCAAUUAGUAAAAGUCAGUUUUGGGAAAAGUCAUGAGUAUCUGUUUUUUAAGUAUGUCAAUCUGAUUAAAAUGGAUGAAACUAAUGAAUUACUCAUCAUAAGUUGUUUCUUAAGCUGUCAAUAUGUCAAUAGAUGGUGAGUUCAGAACUUAUUUCAAAUUGCUAAGACAAAUUAUCUAAAUUCGUAAGAAUUAACAUAUAGAAUGGUCUGGUCAGUACAUUUAUAAUUUAUCUAUGCAUGAAAAAGUAUCGUUUUGUUUUAAACAUGAAUUUCAUAGCAAGCUGCCAUAGAAAAGAACGCAGGCUGUUCUGGACCUUCAACUGCCUAAAUUAUACAAAAAUUCAUUUUAAUAAACUCAAUUAUUAGCUAUUUAUUAUUCAAAGACCCAUAUUUAAAUCCUUUGCUGACCAUGUUGACAUAUAUCAGCCUUCUUCUAGACAAACUGUCAAGUCUCAACCAUCUUGACAGUAGAAGUGACAGUAACAAAUGUUGAAUGAUCAGAGAUUAUAUUAAAAUGAACAUGUAAUUUUCAAGUAUUUUUGUUGUGCUUUUAUAAUAUUAAUUCUCGAUCAGAUUUAUUUUAUAGCCAGGGUUUGUCUGUUGUAGAGUCUUGAGGCGUAGCAGUCAUUCAUGAUUAAUCACUGUUAGUUCUGUACCCAUAUAUUUUUAGAAUAGUUUUAAAUGUUAGAUUUCUCAAAAGCUGAAUGCUACUUAAUAUCUUUGUAUCAUACUCAUAAAGCAAAGUAAAUCUGACACUUUUCUAAAGCAAACUUCUUUGCUGUCAAAAAAAUAAAUUUGGGGAAUUUCUAGCUUUUAAAAUGUAGAUCUGCAUUUUACUGUGAUUACUUGGGAAAGUCAUAUUUUAAUUUUCUAAAUUUCUAAUUUGUCAUUUUCUUUCCUAAAGUUAAUUUCCAAUGCAUUUAUUCAUAAAAUAUUCAUUCUGGAAUGCAGUGUUUGUUUAAAUGUAAUCCAAUGUAUAUAGAAUUAGUGGUGGCUGUAGUGCUGUAUUUAUUGCUUAUACAUUUUUUUAAAUGUGAACUUACUUUUAAUUUUCUCUUGGUUUUAAUCUGCUAGUAGAAACCACUAGUUAUCUGUAAAAAUAUAUUCAAGAUAUUCUGAUCAAUUGUAACAAUUUAUGUUAUGCCUACUUAGAGUAUAUCUCUAUUUUUUGAUUGUAUGAAAAUAUCAAAGUUAUGAGUUAAAGUUUAUUUUCAUUGAUAUUUACUAGAGUGCCAAAUAAUCUAAUUUAUAAACAUAAUUCUUACAGUAAUCAAUGGGAUACUUCUCAAAAUUAACAAAUCUCUUAACAAAAUAUCUCUUUUGCCCUCUUUAGAGUCUUCAGUAAACCAGUAAAUGAAUUCAAUAAACCAAUUAAGAAAAA